AUUUAUUCCCUACUGGUCACUCUGAUCGUCUGCUUUUUUUGUUGUCGGCUUGCUAAUCCUCGGGUGGAAAAUAUAAAUGUUUCAAUAUAUUAACUCGGUGUAGUCACUAAACACUUUUGUAAGAAAUCGGCCAGGCGCAAGUAAUUAGUGAUUGGAGUGGUGCGUCAGUUCGUGCAUCGCCUGCAAAUUUCGUUUUUGCCGCCCAUCGGUUGUCGGCGGCAUCCACAGAAGGCGACUGGAAAAAGUGUGCAACUUUUAAAUCAGUUCCAGCAAAGGCACAAGAGCAGCGGCAGCGUCAUGGAGAACGGCAGCAAGGCCUCUGGCGGGGCCAUGUCCAUCGAACAGAUGUACCAGAAAAAGUCCCAGCUGGAACACAUCCUGCUGCGACCGGACUCGUACAUUGGCUCUGUGGAGUACACCAAGGAGCUGAUGUGGGUGUAUGACUUUGAGAAGAACCGGAUGGUGCAAAGGGAGCUCUCGUUCGUGCCGGGUCUGUACAAGAUCUUCGACGAGAUUCUGGUCAAUGCGGCGGACAACAAGCAGCGCGACAAGUCCAUGAACACCAUCAAGAUCGACAUUGAUCCGGAGCGAAAUGUAGUGUCCAUCUGGAACAACGGCCAGGGCAUUCCGGUUACCAUGCACAAGGAGCAGAAGAUGUAUGUGCCAACGAUGAUUUUCGGCCAUCUGCUGACCUCCUCGAACUACAACGACGACGAGAAGAAGGUCACUGGCGGCAGGAACGGCUAUGGUGCGAAGCUCUGCAACAUAUUCUCCACCAGCUUCACUGUGGAGACGGCAACGAAGCAGUACAAGAAGAGCUUCAAGCAGACCUGGGGCAACAAUAUGGCGAAGGCCUCCGACCCAACGAUCAAGGACUUCAACGGCAGCGACUUCACCCGCAUUACAUUCAGCCCCGAUCUGGCCAAGUUCAAGAUGGAGAGUCUGGAAGAGGACAUUGUGGCUCUAAUGUCUCGCCGCGCCUUUGACGUGGCUGCUUCUACGAAAGGCGUUGCUGUGUUCCUCAACGGAACUAAGCUGACGGUGAAGAAUUUCAAGGACUACAUCGAUCUGCACAUUAAGAACCAGGACGACGACGCUGGGCAGCCCAUCAAGAUCGUCCACGAGGUGGCCAACGAGCGCUGGGAGGUGGCCUGUUGUCCCUCAGAUCGCGGAUUCCAGCAGGUCUCGUUCGUCAAUUCGAUAGCCACUACCAAGGGUGGCAGGCAUGUGGAUCAUGUGGUGGACAGUGUCAUUAAGCAGCUCAUCGAGGUCCUGAAGAAGAAAAACAAAGGUGGCAUUAACAUCAAGCCAUUCCAAGUGCGCAACCAUCUUUGGAUCUUCGUCAACUGUUUGAUUGAGAACCCCACAUUCGACUCUCAGACCAAGGAGAACAUGACGCUGCAAGCGAAGAGCUUCGGUUCCAAGUGCGCCCUCUCCGAAAAGUUCAUCUCCAACAUGUCCAAGUCUGGAAUUGUAGAGUCUGUCCUGGCGUGGGCCAAGUUCAAGGCGCAGAACGACAUUGCCAAGACGGGAGGACGGAAGUCGAGCAAAAUCAAGGGCAUACCCAAGCUGGAGGACGCCAACGAAGCCGGUGGCAAGAACUCGAUCAACUGCACUCUCAUCCUAACGGAGGGAGAUUCGGCCAAGUCCUUGGCUGUCUCCGGCCUGGGUGUGAUUGGCCGCAAUUUCUACGGAGUGUUUCCGCUCAGGGGAAAGCUGCUGAACGUCCGAGAGGCCAACUUCAAGCAGCUCUCCGAGAACGCCGAAAUAAACAAUCUUUGCAAGAUUAUUGGGUUGCAGUACAAGAAAAAGUACUUAACCGAGGACGACCUAAAGACAUUGCGCUACGGCAAGGUGAUGAUUAUGACUGAUCAGGAUCAGGACGGGUCUCACAUCAAGGGCUUGUUGAUCAACUUCAUCCACACCAACUGGCCGGAGCUACUGCGCCUGCCCUUCCUCGAGGAAUUCAUUACGCCGAUCGUGAAGGCUACCAAGAAGAACGAGGAGAUCUCGUUCUAUUCGCUGCCGGAGUUUGAAGAGUGGAAGAUCGAUACGCCCAAUCACCAUACGUACAAUAUCAAGUACUAUAAGGGUUUGGGUACUUCGACCUCCAAGGAGGCGAAGGAGUAUUUCCAGGACAUGGAGCGCCACCGAAUCCUCUUCAAGUACGAUGGCUCUGUCGAUGACGAGAGCAUCGUGAUGGCCUUCUCGCGCAAGCACAUCGAGUCCCGAAAGGUGUGGCUCACCAACCACAUGGACGAGGUGAAGCGGCGCAAAGAGCUGGGACUUCCGGAGCGAUAUCUUUAUACCAAAGGCACCAAGCACAUCACCUACGCGGACUUCAUCAACCUGGAGUUGGUUCUCUUCUCUAACGCCGACAACGAGCGCUCCAUUCCCAGUCUGGUGGAUGGCUUGAAGCCCGGCCAGCGCAAGGUCAUGUUCACCUGCUUCAAGAGAAACGAUAAGCGCGAAGUGAAGGUAGCCCAGUUGUCCGGUUCAGUGGCCGAGAUGUCGGCCUACCAUCACGGCGAGGUGUCACUGCAGAUGACCAUCGUAAACUUGGCCCAGAACUAUGUCGGCUCGAACAACAUUAAUCUGCUGGAGCCCCGAGGUCAGUUCGGUACUCGGUUGACGGGCGGCAAGGAUUGCGCCAGUGCUCGUUACAUUUUCACCCUGAUGUCCCCGCUGACCAGGUUGAUUUUCCAUCCGCUCGACGAUCCGUUGCUCGAGUACCAGACCGAUGACGGGCAGAGGAUCGAGCCGCUGUGGUAUCUCCCUAUUAUUCCCAUGGUUCUGGUGAACGGAGCCGAGGGCAUAGGCACUGGGUGGGCCACCAAGAUCGCCAACCACAACCCCCGUGAGAUAAUGAAGAACUUGAGGCGAAUGAUAAACAGCGAGGAGCCAGUGGCCAUGCAUCCAUGGUACAAGAAUUUCGCGGGACGGAUGGAAUACGUAUCGGAUGGUCGGUACGUGCACACUGGUAACAUCCAAAUCCUUCCCGGGGAUCGGGUGGAGAUCACUGAGCUGCCAGUGGGCGUGUGGACACAGAACUAUAAGGAGAACGUCCUGGAGGCGCUGGCCAACGGUACAGAGAAGGUAAAGGCGGUGGUAUCCGAGUACAGAGAGUACCACACGGACACCACAGUACGAUUCGUGGUCAGCUUCGCUCCCGGCGAGUUCAACCGCAUCAGGAGCGAGGAUGGAGGAUUCUAUCGCGUGUUCAAGCUGACCUCGUCGCUCUCCACGAACCAGAUGCACGCUUUCGACCAAAACAACUGUCUGCGUCGCUUCCCAACCACAAUGGACGUCCUAAAGGAGUUCUACAAGCUCCGGCUAGAGUAUUAUGCACGCCGUAAGGACUACUUGGUCGGGCAACUGACGGCCCAGGCAGACCGACUCAGCGACCAGGCCCGCUUCAUUCUCGAGAAGUGCGAGAAGACACUGGUGGUGGAGAACAAGCAGCGGAAGGCCAUGUGUGAUGAGCUUGUGAAGCGCGGCUAUCGCCCCGAUCCUGUCAAGGAGUGGCAGCGCCGCAUCAAGAUGGAGGACGCCGAGCAGGAAAACGACGAUGAAGACGAGGAAGCUGAAGAGGCGGCUCCCAGCGCCAGCUCGAAGGUCAAAAAGGAGAAGGAUGCCGAUCCGGAAAAGGCAUUCAAGAAGCUAACCGAUGUCAAGAAGUUCGACUAUCUGCUGGGCAUGUCCAUGUGGAUGUUGACCGAGGAGAAGAAGAACGAGUUGCUGAAACAGCGCGACGCCAAGCUGGCCGAACUGGAAAAUCUUCGCAAGAAGACUCCAGAGCUUCUUUGGUUAGACGACUUGGACGCCUUGGAGCAGAAACUGAACGAGGUGGAGGAGAAGGAGAGACUCGAAGAGAUGGGAAUCAACCUCAAGACGGCCAAAUCGCUAAAGAGCCAAAAGGGCGCCACCACAGCUAAGGGGCGUAAGGUAAAGGGAUCGGCUGCCCCGGGCGCUGGCGAUGUAUUCCCUGACCCCGAAGGCGAGCGGGUCGAGUUCAAGGUUACCGAAGAAAUCAUCAAGAAAAUGGCUGCAGCGAUGAAGUCGGCGAGCGCCAAAACCACAAAGGAGCCAAAGGAACCCAAAGUCAAAAAGGAGCCGAAGGGCAAGGGCGCUGUUAAGGCGGAGCCCGAGGAAGAGGUGGAUGAGUUCGAUGCCCUGGUGGAGGGAGGCUCGAAAACGUCUCCCAAAGCCAAGAAAGAGGCGGUCAAGAAGGAACCAGCCGAGAAGAAGCCGCGCCAGAAGAAGGAGAACGGUGGAGCCCUCAAGCAGGGAAAGAUUGACUUUAGCAAGGCCAAGACCAAGAAAGCGACUUCGGAUAAGAGCGACGAUGAGGUUGCCCCACGGGCGGAACGUCCAGGACGGCGAGCGGCCAGCAAGAAGAUCGAUUAUAGCUCCCUCUUCUCCGACGAAGAAGGUGCCGGCAACGUGGGCUCCGACAACGGAGAUAACAGCGAUGCUGGUGAUGGCGGCGAUGGUGACGAUAGCGAGUCAUCCCCCAACAAGCGUCCAACCAAGCGAGUUAGGGAAGAAGACAGCAGCGGUGGACCGAAAAAGAAGUCUGCUCCUAAGAAGCGGCGUGCCGUCAUCGAAAGCGAUGAGGACUCCGAUGUCGCUUACGUCGAUGAUGAUGAUUCUGAUUUUGAAUGCUGAAGAGCUAAACUACACGCAUAAUAUAGUUUCUCAACUCAUUUCUCGCCUAAUUCUAGAAAAAGAAUUUAGCAAGAAACGAGCGAUCGCAAUCGGCAUUAUAAUUAGGAGACACUAGGACCGAGGAGGCAUAUACAUUAAUAAGCAUAUUCGACCGCUCCAAUUGUUAAUAAUUUCACACACCCCUCCUCAAUCACACCCAAUAUUUCUCGUCUGUUUUAUUCUAUUCUAUUUGUGUUUGAAUUUAAUUUUUUAAAAUAUUCACUUCGAUACAUUCAUUUAUUGUUUCUGAUAUCUGUGCCAGAGCUAAGAGUCUAUCCACCAAUAGGAACUUCUAUUUCCGUAUUAACAUGUUUUAUAAAAGUAGUCUUAGGCCCACAACUUCAUGUAAAUAAAUUAACUUUACCCAAAAAUACAAAUGGAAUACAUUCUUGUAGUUUAUAUAAAACAUAUUACGAAUAAAUGGUGGAUGCCAAAGUA